AUGAUCUGCAGAAGCUGCCGAACAGGCAUGCUAGCCCGGCUAAACCAACAACAGUCGAUGACCUGGACUACAGCAGCUGUGCGCCAACUGCCAAUUGCCCGUCCUCAAUUGCGAUCAUACAGUGACAUUAUUCCUCCUCCUCCCUCUGCACCACGCCAACCGACCGCUGGUGAUAAGUCAACUCCAUCCGCCAUCUCCUCCGCCACCCCCGGCGUUUCUCAGCCCUUGAGCACACCUGAAGGCAUUCACACUGAUGCAAAGCCUGCUGCUCCCUCCAAACCUGUCAUUGAGCGUCCACCAAGUAGCUGUCCGGCCGGAACCAAGAUGAACGGUUUGAACUAUUUCAAAAACAAGCCAGACGUCUUCGCCAAGGAAGACUCGGAGUACCCAGAUUGGCUAUGGGAUCUUUUGGCCGAUCCAAGCAAGCAGUCCAAGUCUGACAAUGGUGGUGUCGACGUGAGCACACUGAACAAAAAGCAACGGAAGCGCUACGAGAAAAAGCUGGCUGCUCGUACUGGCCAUGUUGCACCAACGAUCCCUGCCCACCACCACGCUGACGAUAUUACACCUGCUUCGUAUAACCGCGACGUACUCCCAGAGGACGCACUGGCCGAGGCUGCUGCGGGAUUCGAAAAGCGUGAAGAGGUUAUCAAGAGUGCCCGCCAAGCUCGGCGGAAAUCUAUCAAGGAAGCCAACUUCCUGCGCGGUCUGUAA